AUGCCAAGACUGCACAAAGCUUUCACACCACCCCACCGAAAAUAUACAAGACCCCUUCAACGUCUCCAGAUUUCUCCAAGAAGUCGCGGCGAAGCGAAGCCCAUGGCAAUGCCCAGCUUAGGGCUGACUGGCCCAUGCGAGGUUGUUAAAGCCCUAGUCCCAGGCAGACCGGUACGAGAUGUCAGACUGAUAUGGUGUGAAGAGGAUGGGAAACUUCUCGGGGCAUUGACCACGCUCGGGCAGUCGACCAGUCCAGUUUCCAUGCUUACAAUCCAAUCUGUGGACCUACUGGAUGAAAAGGCCAUCGUUUUCACUGGACAUGACCUUCCGUGCCUUGAAUACCUCAGCAUCGUUUCCCCUUAUUUCCAGCUUCCGGACGACGACGUUGUGAUGGUCCUCCAACGGAGCCUUGAAGGACUUCCGUGCCUGAAAGAGCUCAAGAUAAUGGUCCCGUAUUUGCCAAACGAGAAAUGGCGAUCUUUCAUAUCAACUUGUGAGACGCCGAUCGUGGUUCUUGGAUGGAAAGUAGAGAUACGCAGGGACAUAGAUGGGUGGGUGUCUUACGCGAGUGAUGACGAGCACUAG